UCGCCGCGGUCGGGCGGCCCUUUCGCGUGUCCGCGCUCCCUCCCCUUCUCCGCCACCUCCUCCUCCUCCUCCUCCAUUUUGCGAGGUCGUGUCUGUGACUGGAGCCCGAGUCACCGCCCGCCCGUCGGGGACGGAUUCUAGUGGGUAGAAGGAGACGCCGCAGCCGGAGCAGCCGGAGCGGCCGGGCGCUGGGACUGGGGACGCGUGACGCGCGCUCGGGAAUCCGGACUCUCCGAGACGCGAGCCGAGCUGGGCGGGGGACUGGCUUGUCAGCCGAGAAAUGGGAGACUUUCUUAAAUAGGGGCUCUCUCCUCCCGCCCAUGGAAAGGGGGCGGCUGUUUACUUCCUUUUUUUAGAAAAAUAUAUUUCCCUCCUGCUCCUCCUGCUUUUCACACGCUAACUUGUUUAUCUCGGCUGCGCUGGGAGCUGCGCACGGUGGCGGUGAGCGGGGCAGCUGCCAGAGCUGAGUUUCACCUAUGGACUCCAAAGAAUCAUUACCCACCCCCAGUAAAGAAGAAAUCCCCAGCAGUGUGCUUGGUCAGGAGAGGGAAAAUGUGUUGGACUUCUAUAAAACCCUAAGGGGAGGAGCUACUGUGAAGGUUUCUGUAUCUUCACCCUCACUGGCUGCCGCUUCUCAGUCAGACUCCAAGCAGCAAAGACUUUUGAUUGAUUUUCCAAAAGGCUCAGUAAGCAAUGUGCAGCAGCCAGAUCUGUCCAAAGCAGUUUCACUCUCAAUGGGACUGUAUAUGGGAGAGACAGAAGCAAAAGUGAUGGGAAAUGACCUGGGAUUCCCACAGCAGGGCCAAAUCAGCCUUUCCUCUGGGGAAACAGACUUUCGGCUUCUGGAAGAAAGCAUCGCAAACCUCAGUAGGUCGACCAGUGUUCCAGAGAACCCCAAGAGUUCAGUGUCCACUGCUGUGUCUGCUGUCCCAACAGAGGAGUUUCUAAAAACUCAUUCCAGUGUAUCUUCAGAACAGCAAAAUUUGAAAGGCCGGACUGGCACCAGCGGUGGCAAUGUGAAGUUGUAUACUGCAGACCAAAGCACCUUUGACAUUUUGCAGGAUUUGGAGUUUUCUUCUGGGUCCCCAGGUAAAGAGGCAAAUGAGAGUCCUUGGAGAUCAGACCUGUUGAUAGAUGAAAACUGUUUGCUUUCUCCUUUGGCAGGAGAGGAUGAUCCAUUCCUCUUGGAAGGUAACUCGAAUGAAGACUUCAAGCCUCUCAUUUUACCGGACACUAAACCUAAAAUUAAGGAUGAUGGAGAUCUGAUCUUAUCAGGCCCCAACAGUGUACCACUGCCCCAGGUGAAAACAGAAAAAGAAGAUUUCAUCGAACUGUGCACCCCUGGGGUAAUUAAGCAGGAAAAAUUGGGCCCAGCUUACUGUCAGGCAAGCUUUUCUGGAGCAAAUAUAAUUGGUAAUAAAAUGUCUGCCAUUUCUGUUCACGGUGUGAGUACCUCUGGAGGACAGAUGUACCACUAUGACAUGAAUACAGCACCCCUUUCUCAACAGCAGGAUCAGAAGCCUAUUUUUAAUGUCAUUCCACCAAUUCCUGUUGGUUCAGAAAAUUGGAAUAGGUGCCAAGGAUCUGGAGAUGACAACUUGACUUCCCUGGGAACUUUGAACUUCCCUGGUCGGUCGGUUUUUUCUAAUGGCUAUUCAAGCCCUGGAAUGAGACCAGACGUAAGCUCCCCUCCAUCUAGCUCCUCAGCAGCAACGGGACUACCUCCCAAGCUCUGCCUGGUGUGCUCUGAUGAAGCUUCGGGAUGUCAUUAUGGAGUUUUAACUUGCGGAAGCUGUAAAGUAUUCUUCAAAAGAGCAGUGGAAGGUAGACAACACAAUUAUCUUUGUGCUGGAAGAAAUGACUGUAUCAUUGAUAAAAUUCGAAGAAAAAACUGCCCAGCAUGCCGCUAUCGAAAAUGUCUUCAGGCUGGAAUGAACCUAGAAGCUCGAAAAACAAAGAAAAAAAUAAAAGGAAUUCAGCAGACCACUACAGGAGUCUCACAAGAAACUUCUGAAAAUCCUACUAACAGAACAGUAGUUCCUGCAUCAUUACAACUCACCCCUACCCUGGUGUCACUGUUGGAGGUCAUUGAACCUGAGGUGAUAUAUGCAGGAUAUGAUAGCUCUGUUCCAGAUACAACUUGGAGGAUCAUGUCCACACUCAACAUGUUAGGUGGGCGGCAAGUGGUUGCAGCAGUGAAAUGGGCGAAGGCAAUACCAGGAUUCAGAAACUUGCACCUGGAUGACCAAAUGACCCUACUGCAAUACUCAUGGAUGUUUCUCAUGGCAUUUGCCCUGGGGUGGAGAUCAUAUAGACAAUCAAGUGCAAACCUGCUGUGUUUUGCUCCUGAUCUGAUUAUUAAUGAGCAGAGAAUGGCUCUACCCUGCAUGUAUGAACAAUGUAAACAUAUGCUAUUUGUUUCAUCUGAGUUACAGAGGCUUCAAGUGUCUUAUGAGGAGUAUCUCUGUAUGAAAACCUUACUGCUUCUUUCUUCAGUUCCUAAGGAAGGUUUGAAAAGCCAAGAGCUAUUUGAUGAAAUUAGAAUGACCUACAUCAAAGAGCUAGGAAGAGCAAUUGUCAAGAGGGAAGGAAACUCCAGUCAGAACUGGCAACGGUUUUAUCACCUGACAAAAUUCUUGGACUCCAUGCAUGAUGUGGUUGAAAAUCUCCUUAAGUAUUGCUUCCAGACAUUUUUGGAUAAGACCAUGAGUAUUGAAUUUCCAGAGAUGUUAGCCGAAAUCAUUACCAAUCAGAUGCCAAAAUAUUCAAAUGGAAAUAUCAAAAAACUUCUAUUUCAUCAAAAGUGACUGCCUUAAUGAGAAAGAUUGCCUUAAAGAAAGUUGAAUUUAUUGCUUUUAUUGUGCAAACUAUCAAUUUGUCCUGUAGAGGUUUUGUUCUUUUAUUUUUCUUUUUUGUCUGUUUUAUUGUUUUGUUUUAAAUAUGCACUACAUGUGGUUUAUAGAGGGCCAAGAUUUGGCAGCAGAAGCAUUGAGUCAUCACUUUUUCAGUGAUGGGAAAGUAGAUAGUGAAGUUCAUUAGUUGAUAUAUCCCAGAAAUUAGAAACAAUAAUGUGGGGGUAAUCUCCACUGUUAGAGAAGGAUGGCACCUAAACCACCAGUGCCCAAAAUCUGCUUGAUGAACUUUCUGCUCAUACUUUUCAUAGUUGGCUGGAUAAAAUUUUCUGGAUUUUUUUUUUUUUUUUUUUUUUUUUUGGUGUAUUUUCCCCUGUAUAGUUAGGAUAACAUUUUUGAUUUAUGCAUGGAAACCUGAAAAAAGUUUACAAGUGUAUAUCAGAAAAGGGAAGUUGUGCCUUUUACAGCUAUUACUGUCUGGUUUUAACAAUUUCCUUUAUAUUCAGCGAACUAUGCUUGCUCAUUUUUUCUUACAUAAUUUUUGUAUUCAAUUUAUUGUACAGCUGUUUAAGAUGGGCAGCUAGUUCAUAGCUUUCCUAAAUAAACUCUAAACAUUAA